UGUAAUGAUGGAUUAGUGGGCGUUUUAAAUUUUCCAACAAACUAUGGGAGGUGAUAGGUGACAGGAGGAACCCCUGUGUACACCUGGGUGGAACCAAACAGGAUCAGGACGGAUGGACAGAGAGCUGAGCGGGGAUUUCUGAGGCUGAAUUGAACCUGUUGGAGUAAACAGGAACGGUGAAUUUCCUGAGGCAUAAGGACCUGACCCACCCCCAACUUGGGGGCAACAAAUAGCAGACCUGAUAGGCCCAAUUCCCCCUUGUCCUCCAUCUGUGCCUCUGCUUCUGAGAGAACUGUGGGUCAUCUUUGUCUUUGCCUAGCGGAGUAAUGACAGAAGAAAGAGAGCCUCGGCAUGCAUCCGGUGCUGAUGAAGCCUGCUAAUCAAUCCUUUAUUUAAGUCAGGUGUGUUGCAGGAAGGAAACCUCCAAAGAACAGGCUCGGUUCACUUUAUGCAUCCUUCACUGUGAAGACAGUUGAAAGUGAGGCUGGAGCUGGGAGUCCAAGAUGGGCGUCAGUAAGGAUGGCAGUGGAGGGUCGUGGUCACCUUCACCCUCCAACACCGGCUGUCAUAAAGGCAUUGUUGCAGUCUGCAUCAUCCUUUUCCUUAUCGUUGGCAUCUUUGCAGGCCUCGCUAUUGCAUACCUGCUGGAGGAACCGCACGAUUUCUUGGAGACCGUGGAGCUGAAGGGACUCAAGUACAGUCCUGAUCUGGAGGAUGGAAACUCUGGUUUCUCUAUAAUACUUUCCUCAGCUUUAAAGUCCAAAGUUAAAGAUAUCUUCACUGCCUCAUCGAUAUCAAAACAUUAUUAUGACUGCAGCAUUAUUGCUUUUGGUAGCAUACAUGGUGAUGUGAUGGCAACAUUAAGACUGUUCUUCAGGGUAUCCAAAAUACAGCAGUAUUCAGAUAACUUUGUUCGAGACCUGCUGAGAGCAGGGCUCAGCUCGGCGUUGCAUGGGAAACCACUAGAGGUGCCUGGGUUUGGACAGUCCAGCACUAUUGUCUUAUUGGGAGCCAGUGGGAAGUCGUUUUAUGUAAUUGGAGAUGAGAUGAUAGAAAGGUGUCCAGAAAACGCUUACACCUGUGAAAACGGGGAAUGUAUUACCAAAAAAAACCCAGCGUGUGACUUCAUCCCCGACUGUGCAGAUGCAUCCGAUGAGGCUCGCUGUGACUGCGGCCUACGCCCGGCAAUGGGGAGUCGAAUAGUUGGUGGUGAGGACGCCCGCCAAGGCGAGCUGCCCUGGCAGGUCAGCUUGAGGUACCACUGGAGGCACACAUGUGGAGCCUCCAUCAUCAACGAGCGCUGGAUCGUCAGUGCAGCACACUGCUUUGAAGGUGCCAGCAAUCCCAGUGAAUGGACAGCACUGGUUGGAGCCAAGCUGGCCAACGGCAUAGAGGCCGAGUCGAAAACGAUUAACAUCAAGUCGAUAAUUGUCAACCCUGAAUACGACCCCAUGACCAGCAACAACGAUGUGACUGUCCUGGAGCUGGAGAUGCCCCUCACCUUCAACUCCUACAUCCAGCCUGUCUGCAUUCCCCCUCCCUCCCACAUCUUUGAGCCCGGUCAGAGCUGCAUUGUGUCUGGGUGGGGCGCUUUGCAGCAGUUUAGCACACAUGUUCCCAAUACGCUGCAGAAAGCGUUGGUUAAGAUCAUAGACUCCAAGGCGUGCAAUCAGUCGUCAGUGUACAGAGGUGCCAUUACUCACAAAAUGAUGUGUGCUGGAUUCCUGCAGGGGAAGGUGGACUCCUGUCAGGGUGACUCUGGAGGGCCCCUUGUGUGCGAGGGCGGACCAGGGAGGUUCUUUCUGGCUGGGGUGGUGAGCUGGGGUGUGGGUUGUGCCCAGGUCAACAGGCCUGGAGUUUAUGCCCGCGUCACCAAGCUCAGAAACUUUAUUCUAAAAUACACAGAUCCAGCUUUGGUCAAUGAUCAAGUAAAGCCUGUUCCAACAAUACAAGCCCCAUUGACCAGUAAGUCCUCUGGGAGCCUCCCAAUGCCACAGAGCCUGGCAACAGAUGAACCUGCUGGAGUCCCUCAACCUGCCACAAACUGCAGUGAGAACUUCCAAUGUGGCUCCAGUUUGUGCAUCAGUAAAAUCAACCCGGAGUGUGACAGAAUCCCUGAUUGCCCCAAUGAAGCCGACGAGAAAAACUGUGACUGUGGUGUUCGUCCUGCCCUGGGCGUUCAGCGGAUCAUAGGUGGAGUCACGGCUCGGCGGGGAGAGUGGCCGUGGACUGGCAGUCUGCAGUACCAGAAACAACAUCGCUGUGGCACCACGCUCAUUCACAAGAAGUGGUUACUGACUGCUGCACACUGUUUUAACAGUGAUUCUAGCCCCACUGAGUGGGCUGUAAGCCUCGGGUCUGUGCUGCGGUCUGGGUUAGGUGCGUUGGUUAUUCCCAUACAGAGAGUGAUCAUCCACCCGGCUUUCAAUGGCACCAACAUGGACCAUGAUGUGGCUCUGGUGGAGCUGGCAGUCCAGGCCCCGGUGUCCUACACCAUCCAGCUGGUGUGUCUUCCCUCGCCGGUGCAUCUCUUCCUGGAGAACUCGGAGUGCUACAUCACAGGCUGGGGAUCCAUGAAGGAAGGAGGCUCUCUGACCAACCUGCUGCAGAAAGCUGCCGUGAACAUCAUUGAUCAGGAAGACUGUCAGCUGUCAUAUGGCAACGUGCUGACUCCCAGCAUGAUGUGUGCCGGAUUCAUGGAGGGAGGACGGGACACCUGCCUGGGGGAUUCUGGUGGGCCGUUGACGUGCCGCCAUCACUCUGGCCCGUGGUUUAUCGCUGGUGUGACCAGCUGGGGACACGGAUGUGGACGAACUGGUUUUCCAGGGGUUUAUACUCGGGUGACCUCUGUCAGGAAAUGGAUUUCAACACACCUACCUUUCUGAUGAGGGAGGAAAAAAACUGUCUGUAGAGGAAAAACCUGCGGAAACAGUGGAUUUUACUGAUGCAUCUUCUCCACGUUCCCAUACUGUACAAGAACUAAAGUCAUACCAAAAGGCAGAUAAACAUUUCCUCAGUUAACAAAACCCUGACCUAUGUGUCAUGGGUGCUGUUUGCAACACUGUGCAAUAGCCUAACCUGGAUCAUUCAACAUGUACUGAUGAAGCAAUCAUCUGCUGUGGGUACCUCACUACUAACAGUUGCAUGAUUAAAAUUAUUUAUUACA